AUGCCACUCUGGGUGUUCUUUGUGAUUCUCACCCUCACCAGUGGCUCCCACUGCUCACCGACCCCCUCACUGCCCUUCAGGAUGCGGCGAUACGCAGAUGCCAUCUUCACCAACAGCUACAGGAAAGUUCUGGGCCAGCUGUCUGCCCGCAAACUGCUCCAGGACAUCAUGAUCAGGCAGCAGGGGGAGGGGAACCAGGAACAAGGAACCAGGGUCCGGCUAGGCCGUCAGGUGGACAGCAUGUGGGCAGACCACAGGCAGAUGGCGCUGGAGAGCCUCUUGGCAGCCCUGCUGCAGAGGCACAGGUGUCCCAAAGGGAUUGCAUUGUGGGUGAUGUGA